GAGAAGGUGAAGUUCACGCGAUUUCAUAACUCCUCUGUGCCUCGCCUCACGGUCAAACUUGCUUUAUAAUUGCCCAGCAUUUUGCUUCCUUGUGGUGUGAAAAAUUGAUUUUCUCGUCCCGGAUUUGUGCAGCAACAGCAAUGUAUUCAACGCUCAAGACACAAUCUCGCGAUACUAUGCGUGUGGUUGAUUUGAGAUCAGACACGCUCACGACACCAACGCCAGAGAUGCGUCGCGCAAUGAUGGAUGCUGAAGUGGGUGACGAUGUGUACGGAGAGGAUCCUACACUGAUUGCAUUGGAGGAGCGGGCAGCUCGUGAAUUGGGAAAAGAAGCUGGGCUAUUUGUCAUUAGUGGCACUAUGGGAAAUCUCCUUGCGAUCAUGGUGCACUGCAAUGGACGUGGAGAGGAAGCAAUUGUGGGCAAUAUGUCCCAUACAUUUCUCUAUGAGCAGGGAGGAGCAGCUCAACUGGCUGGUGUUCAGCUGUCUAUUUUACCCAAUUUACCCGAUGGCACAUUUAGUCUUGACCUUUUACGCAAGAGCAUCCGGAGCUAUGACGAUCAUGAACCGAUUACACGCUUGGUGGUAAUUGAAAAUACGCACAAUCUCUGUGGUGGGAAAGUCGUACCACUCAAUUGGAUCCAAGAAGUUAAGGGAAUUUGCAAGGAGAAUAAUAUCCUAAUGCAUAUGGAUGGUGCAAGGGUCUUCAAUGCAGCUGCAUACUUGAAAGUUCCAGUUAAGGAAAUCACCAAAUAUUUUGAUUCCGUUACAUUUUGCCUCAGUAAGGGGCUUUCUUGUCCAGUUGGAUCUAUUCUUGUUGGCACCAAGGAGUUCAUCGCACGUGCCAGGAGGUUGAGAAAAGCUCUCGGUGGGGGAAUUCGACAAGGAGGCAUUUUAGCAGCUGCUGGACUUGUUUCUCUUGAUACCAUUGUCCCCAUCUUGGAUGCUGAUCAUCGUAGAACAAAAAUGAUUGCUGAUGCUAUCAAUAAACUUCAGAGCCCCAACUUUAAGGUAGACAUUGAGAAUGUGCAAACGAACAUUCUUAUGGUGCAAUUGAUUGAGAUUGACCUGAAAGCACCGGAAUUUGUGAAGCGUCUCCAGGAAGUGAAGGAAGAGGAAAUUGCUGCAAAUGUGACGGAUAGAGACGGAAAGGGGAUUGUCGUAAAGAUCAGUGCACGCGAUUGGGGAUUCUGUCGACUUGUUGUCUAUACUCAAAUCACCGAUGAAGAUGUUGAGCUUGCCAUCAAGAAGAUUGCUUUUGUUAUUCGUGAAUUUGAGAAGAAUAAAUGCAAAUAGAACACUUUUUUUUCCUUUCAAAUAAAA